AUGGAGCUGGACCACCGGGACUUCUUGAACACUCCUCCCGUGAAGACAGUCCGCUUCGGGGGGACAGUGGCGGACACUUUGGCCAAACACAAGAAAGGGGACCUCAAAGACUAUGAGCUGCUGCGACACCAGCUGACAGACCCAGAGAUCAAAGACGCUCAGAUUGUGAACUGGCUGCAGGAGUUCAGAAGUUGUGUGACGCUGCUGAGAAAGGAACACGAGCAACUGGUACAUGCUGUACUGCGCCUCCCCUGGGUGGGCCGCAGCCCCUCGGUGGUGGAUGAGUACCUGUGCUUCCUCAGUAACCUGGUGUCUGCACAGACAGUGUACCUGUGCCCCUGCCUCAACAUGGUGGUGGCUCACUUCAUCCCCAAGCGAGUGACUGUGUGUGAAGGUGGAGUGGACUUCUCCGACUCGGACGACGACGACAAAAAUCUUCCCAGAAACUUUGAGCAGUGUCACCAGGCGCUGCAGGUCAUCUCCAAAUACGUGCCCUCGACGGGCCGCUUCCUCACCCCCAUCCUCCUGCAGAAGUUCCCCUUCAUCCAUAAGUCAUCAAAGACCCUGGAGUGCUACGUCCACAAUCUGCUGCGUGUGACAGUGUACACUCCGUCUAUACGUAGAGACGUUCUGGAGAUUAUCAUCGACAAGAUGCUGCAGCUGGAUGUGAGCGCCUCUCGCUCUGACAUCGAAGAGGCUGAAGAAGGUGCCUUGCAGCAGCUGGACGAGCCCACGCUUUUUGACAUGGACGAGGACCUCCCGCCUCCCGCCUCCUCCAUGUCUCACCCUGUGGCCGAGCGCCUGGACACUCUGAUGGCUGUGCUCCUCACUUACAUCAAGGACAUCUGUCAAGUUCAUGGCUCUCUGCAGCAGACCAAGGACCUGUACAGAGACCUGCUGAGUGUGUUUGAUAAGGUCAUCCUGCCCACACACGCCUGCUCCCACGUCCAGUACGCCCUCUUCUACCUCUGCAGCUUCAGACUGGCCCUGUCCGAGGCCUUCCUGGAGCACCUGUGGAAGAUGGUGCAGAGUCCGGCCCAGGCUGCGGUGCUGCGGCAGACCGCGCUCGGAUACAUGGGCAGCUUCCUCGCUCGGGCCAAGUUCAUCCCCAUUGUGACGGUGCGUGCGUGUCUGGAUCUGCUGGUGUCCUGGAUCCACUCGUACCUGGACUCUCAGGACUCUGUGGACAAACAGUUCUGUGACCUGGACCUGCACGGGCCGUUCUACAGCGCCUGCCAGGCCGUCUUCUACACUCUGGUGUUCAGACACAAGGCUAUACUGGAGGGCAACAUGAAGAGAGGAUAA